UAUUAUUUUAAAAUUUGGCUCCAAUUGUUUCCCAAUGGCAAACAUUUAAUUAUUCAUAGUUUCUGACUUUCUGUUCUAUUCUCGAUAGUGACAGUGUCAGAAAUCAAAUCAAUGCAUGGAUGAUUACAAAAUAUCACAAAUUAUUAUGACUUGGGUAAACAAAAUGUAUUAAACAUUUAUACAUAUAUAUAUAUAUAUAAUACCUAUAUUGUUUUUGUUUAAGUCAUAAUUUAGAAGAAUGAAGAAGAAUGGCUAUCGGAACAGAAGAUUUUGUUACAAUAGCAAGUAUUAUAAAACGCGAAAUUCAGAAACGCAAGAAACAAAAAAAAACCAAAAAUGAGUUGAUAAAUUGUAUUCUUAUAUCUAAUGCUUCAGCUGAAGAUGAAACAGAACUGAUAUUAUCAAAAAAAAAAAAGAAAAAAAAAAAAAAAAGACAAAAAAAAGGUACAAAAUAAUAAAAAAUUAAAAAAUGAUAAAUCUAUAUUGACGAUACAAAAGCAUUAUACUGAGACCUGUGAUGACAACGACAAGCAUUUGAUUAAAAACGAAACAGGGUAUUCUAAUUUAAGCAAAGAUGAAUUCACAAAAAAGAUUCCUAUUGCUAAUACUUCAGAAGGCGACUCAUUAUUUAAAAAAAAGAAGAAGAAAAAGAAGCGAGAUAAAAUAAUGGUGCAAAAUGUUAAUAAUUUCGAAAACGUUAUAGCUACAUUGAGAUUAGAGAAGUUUCAUACUGAGACCUGUGAUGGCAAUUACAAACAUUUGAUUAAAGGCAAUACAGGGUAUUCUAAUUUAAGCAUAGAUGAAUUCCCAAGAAAUAUUCCUAUUGCUAAUACUUCGGAAGGCGACUCUUUAUUUAAAAAAAAGGAGAAGAAAAAGAAGGGAUAUAAAAAAAUGGUACAAAAUGAUGAAAAUAUGAAUAACAAUAUAGGUACAUUGAAGGUAGAUAAGUUUUAUAAUGAGACCUGUGAUGACAAUGACAAGCAUUUGUAUAAAGACGAAACAAUGGACUAUAAUUUCAACAAAGAUGAAUUGAUAAGAAGAAUUUUCAUUGCUAAUGCUUCAGAAGAUGUCCUGUUAUUUAAAAAAAAGAAGAAGAAAAAGAAGGGAAAUAAAAAAAUGGUACAAAAAGAUAAAUAUUUGAAAAACGAUAAAAGUACAUUGGAAGUAGAACAAUUGUAUAAUGAUACCUGUGAUGACAAUGUCAAGUAUUUAAAUAAAAUCAAUAUAAGUGCUUCCAAUUUAAAUAAAGACAAUUCAACAAGUAUUCAAAUUGCAAAUGCUUCAGAACAUGAUGAAGAAUUGACAUUUUUAAAAAGUCCAUUAAAGAAAUCCAAGAAAAAAAAGAAAAAAUCUAAGAUGGCAAUAAAAGAAGAUACUGAUUCGUCAAAAUACGAAACUAUACAAAAAAAUCUUAUAAAUAUGGAAGACCUGAAAAAAUAUAUAUCUGAUCAGCAGUCUAAUGAGAUUCACAUUGAUCCUGCUAUGAUUGACACUCCUUAUAAUUCGAGAAUUUCAAAAGUCCAUGAUGAGGAGUACCCUGAUUUAUUUCAAAAAUUAUUCAAGAACAAAAAGAAAGAUAAGAAAAAAUCUAUUAAGGCCGUUACUACUAAAGAACUUGUGUCUCCGAAACAAUUAAAUAAACGUAAACGACAGACGACUGAUAGGGAAUAUUCGAAAAACUAUUCCCUUCAAUCAGUGGACAUGGAUGUGGAGACAUGUUAUGAUAGUAUUAAUUCUAUUGACGAUGACGGCGUAAAGAAAUUGGAAUUGUUUGAUUCUUUGGACGAUCACACGUCGGAAUAUCGCAUUAUGACCGACACAGGUAUGAAUUAUGGCCAAUAUUGUAAUCAAACAUUUAACAACGUCAACGGUGUAUACAGUCACGAAAAUGUUCUCACUGGAAACACUCCUCUCCAGUGCGACGUUUGUUUUAAAACGUUUAGUUAUAAAUCUAAAUUGCAUAUACAUAAAAGAACGCACACCGGGGAGAAACCAUAUGCGUGCAAUGUUUGCGGCCGAUUAUUUUCGGCCCAAGGAAAUUUGGUUAGACAUAAAAGAACGCAUUCCGGGGAGAGGCCAUAUUCUUGCAACGUUUGUUGUCAAUCAUUUUCACGUAAGUCAACAUUGGUUGUACAUACAAGAACGCAUACUGGGGAGAGGCCAUAUACUUGCAGCAUUUGUGGAAAUUCAUUUUCGAGGAAAGAACAUCUGGUUAUACAUAAAAGAACGCAUACCGGGGAGAAACCAUAUGCGUGCAAUGUUUGCGGCCGAUUAUUUUCGGCCCAAGGAAAUUUGGUUAGACAUAAAAGAACGCAUUCCGGGGAGAAACCAUAUGCGUGCGACGUUUGUGGAAAUUCAUUUUCGGUGCAUGGACAUUUGGUUAGACAUAAAAGAACGCAUUCCGGGGAGAGGCCAUAUUCUUGCAACGUUUGUUGUCAAUCAUUUUCACGUAAGUCAACAUUGGUUGUACAUACAAGAACGCAUACUGGGGAGAGGCCAUAUACUUGCAGCAUUUGUGGAAAUUCAUUUUCGAGGAAAGAACAUCUGGUUAAACAUAAAAGAACGCACACCGGGGAGAAACCAUAUGCGUGCAAUGUUUGUGGAAAUUCAUUUUCGCAGCAAGUAAGUUUGGUUAGACAUAGAAGAACGCACACCGGGGAGAGGCCAUAUACUUGCAACAUUUGUGGCCGACUAUUUUCUCGUAAAUCAGUUUUGGUUGUACAUUAUAGAAUACACACAGGUGAAAGACCAUACGAGUGCGGCCAGUGUGAAAAAAAGUUCUCAGCAAGCGGUGAUUGUGUAAGACAUACACGAAGAGUUCAUAACAAAUGUUUUUAAACUCGUUAUGAACGUUUGAAUUCGUCUGCUCGGGCGUUCGGGACGAACAAAAAACAAUACCAUAUAGUUCUCACUCUCAACGAUGAUCGUCUGUUGUGAAUAAAACCUUGCGUAGUAACUGCGGUGUCCACUGACGUCUGGCGUUAUACUUUCAUCGAUCGUCUUCGAAAUCGGUCGCACCGGGAAAUCUUCCUACUCUUGAGUGCGACGCUUGUAACAACACGCACCUACAUCAUUUUAUGUAAACUCUUUGAACGAAGAUCGCAAGUCGGUAUGAAACAUCGCGCGUUUGACGUUUGUGGUAUUUGCUUUUCAGUAGAAGCUACGAUAUUCAACCAUUUCAACCACACUUUUACGCACUUUGAAAAACGUAUAUUGUUGCGAUAUUUCAAAAAGCUACGGAUAUUUUUUAAUUUGUUACAAACGUUAUUAUAAGUAUAUUAAAAACCAAAACCUUUUCGUGUACAGUGUACAGUAAUGGAUGUAUUGCUUCUAUAGUUCUAUCAAUGUAAAUAUUCUCUACUUUAGAAUUAUUCUGUGAGCAGAUAGCGAGUAUAAUCUACUCGACUAAAAUUAGAAAAUAAUACAAUGUAUAUAUUAGUUAUAAGUUAUAACUGUAGACUGUUGUUCAAUUUGAUUUCGUAACAUAUUAUACUAAUCAUAUUAAAUAAGAACUAAAUUCAGUUUGUAUAGAA